UGGCCGAAGCUUGGAGAAUCGAGCGUGCGUUUAUCCCCUCCAGUGUCCCUAUAUUGUUUGUGAUUUAUGUUAAGUCGCGUUACUUUUGGGUCCUGUUAUUACUGACCGGGGCACGAGAUUCGCCGGGUGUUUUAUCAAGUAAUCGAGCGAAAAUGAGCAAAGCACAUCCGCCGGAGCUGAAAAAGUACAUGGAUAAAAGACUGUCCUUAAAAUUGAACGGCGGUCGACGCGUCGUCGGGAUAUUGAGAGGUUUCGACCCAUUCAUGAACAUGGUCAUAGACGAAAGCGUGGAAGAGUGCAAGGACGGCACUAAAAACAAUAUUGGAAUGGUGGUGAUUCGUGGGAACAGCGUUAUAAUGCUAGAAGCUUUAGAUCGAAUAUAAUGUACACUGCAGUAGACUUAUCUCUAAUAUCUAUAUUUUUAAAUAAAUAAUGGACAACUUUCAAAUAUACACAAGAUGUUACUAGUCUGAUCCUUUGGCAAAU